AUGAAGUACCAGUACAAAGAACUAACUGACAAAGAAAUCGUUAGAACAGUGGGGCCAAAUCCUGAAGUUGAGAAUGCUGAUGAAGAGAAAGAAGUGGAAACAGAAAAAAAGGAAUUUAUGAAACAUAGAAAUUUUGAUGAUGAUGAAUAUGAGCCUAUUGCAAAUAUAGAGAAAAUGAUGCUAGAUGACCGGAGACCUCCUUAUGAAGUUAUUCUUAAUAUCAUUUUUUCUGAACAAAACAUCAAAACCAAAUCAUUGUAUAAUGAUCUGUACAACCCUCUCCUAUCUUUCAACAUUGACUUUACGAGUUUGUUGGAUAAGAAUCAUAACCAAGAGUAUGAGUUUUUGAUGGAUCUCAAAAAGAAUUUAGCUGUAUUGAUAUUAAUGAAGACAAAAAUUUGA